AUGGCCCCUUCUACUCCUACAUCUAACCCUUUCGCCGCCAUGAGGAACUCUGGUGGUAUGGUGUCGUCUGCUCUUUCCUUCGGCGACAGAUCUCGCCAAGUCUCCUCCCUCGGCCUCGGCACCCUUUCUUUGGGGGAGCCGUCUGGCGAUGUCCCGCCUCCUCGCUCCGCUUCUCCUCCCGCCGGUCCUCCCGCUGGUUCUCCCUCUGCUUCUCCUCCUCCUGGUUCUCGCUCUGCUUCCCCUCCUGCCGCCAGCCCUCGCCGCAGGACGCCCGCCUUUCGUCCUGACUUCGAAGGAAAAGGGGGUGAUUAUAGUGAUGAGGAUGAUAGAAUCGUGUCGGAGGGUGAAACCGAGUUAGAGGAACACUCGGAUGAUGAUAUGGUGGCGGUUAGUGUAGAGGACAACAACGUAGAUAGUCCUGAGCCCGCUCCUGCCCCUCCCCCUGCUCAAAUUGUGGGCCAGAAACGACGCCGUUCCCUCUCCUCUUCUUCUUCUUCCUCUUCUUCUUCUUCCUCUUCUUCUUCCUCUUCCGGGGUUCUCCCCCCCCCCAACGCCAUCGCCGCUGCUGCCGCUGCUGCCGCCGCCCGCCCUGCCGCCGCCAUCGCUCCUGCUGCCGCCGCCGGUCCUGCUCCCGCCGCCGGUCCUGCUCCCGCCGCCCCCGUCGCUGCUCCCCCCCCUUCUCCCAGAGGGGAGCCUUCGCCCAAACGGGUGAAGAGAUCACUGCGGGAAGAAGAGUACUUGUGGCCGACACGUGAGAUUAUCCUCCGUUGUGCUUCAUGCACGUCUGGCCCCUGCUCCUUCUGUCCCGUUUCCUCUGCCCGGGACAUCCCGCCCCGUCCCUUCGACGCUUCUCCUCUCCCCCCUCCCCAGACUCCAGCGUCUGUCCCCCGUUCGCGGGUACCGUCUUCGUCUCUCCGGUCGGUUCGCCGUACUUCGCCGGACCCCCGCCCGUCGCCUCCGUCGCCGUCGCCCUUCGCUCCUGUGGCCGGCCCAUCACGUCUCCCGGCUGUUCCUCCUUCGUCUUCUCGCUGUCCUUCGGCCUCUGCUCCUUCGGCCUCCCGUCCUUCGGCCUCUCGUCCUUCGGCGCCACGUCCGUCCUCUCCAGUGGUAGCUUCUCCUCCGGCUCACAGCACCCGAAGUCGGCGUCCUUCUGUUCCUCCGGCCUCUUCGGCGGCCCCUCCCGUCACCCCUCCCUCUGCUUCCCAGAGGACACCGAAGUCUUCUUUAAAGAAGUCAAAAGGGAAAUCUAAAGGGAAGGAGGUUGCCUUCAAUGAUGGUGAUGUGGAAGGUGAAGAUACUCAGCGUGCUGGUCCCUCUGCUCCCCGGUUGUCCCUCGUCCACCCUCGUAUCUCCCUGGACGUCCGUAUUCCUGAGGACGAAAAGGAAUUCGCCACUUAUCGUUCUCUCGUCCUCGGUCUCACUACCCAGCUUGAGGCCGCCCGAAAUGAUACAUCUCUCCUGCUUGACUUCUCUUCUCGUCAAGCUAACGCUUUAAACAAUCUUACUGCGGCGUUAGUAGAUGUAGUCAACACUGGGGCUCUGGACGACGAAGCAAGGACAAGGUUAGCGGACGUCUCUCGCCGAAGCCUUACUGAGAUAGCCGAUGUUCGCCGAAGACUGUUCGACACUCCCUUCCUAGUCACUCCUAUGGCGUAUGAGCCACCACCGUCCCUUGACUGGUUAGGUCGCCGUAGUAGUUCUCGUGUCCCAGCUUCCGCCCAGACUGCUCUCGACCUCCUCAGUCUUCCCUUCGAGUGUCUACGGACCAUACGUUCUCUGUGGAGGACUCCAAGCAUGCAAGCUGCUCGAGAUGUCCAGGACUUCGGUGACUUCUUCGGGGCUAUGAAUCGGGCAUGGAAUGCUUCUCUCUCUACUGCGUUCCCGUCUGAGACUCUCGAUCUACCUUCGGUCAUCGGUAGCCUCCACACCAAUCCCGCGGGACCGAGUAGAUCGAAGGAGAAAGGAAAAGGAAAAGGUAAGGGUAAGAGUAAGGACAACCCUUCGCAGUCGCCCCUCCUUCGGCUUAGUAGGGUGAAGUUCGUGGAACUUCGCCAAUAUGUCGUCAGCUCCAUCGACGUUCUCCACUGGUUCCCAUGA